ACACCAAUCCCGACGGCAAAGCCCGCCCCCUUCUGGUGGCUUGGUUUCUUCCCGCCAGCCCCCGCACCACUCCCUAGUAGAUAACCGUAGUUAAGAGAGAAGGGGCGUGAAAGUCCCUCCGCAACCGCCCCAACAGCCCAGUGGCCACCCCGCGGCACGACUGCGCCCUGAAACGGACCCCCAGCGCAGCUGAGGGGACAUGAAGCUGGGCGGCGAACCUACUCGGCCCUCCCCCAACUCUUCCCCAGCCCGAGUGCGGCGCUGCCUCCUGAGGCCCAAUGCGGCCCAGCCUGGUUCGGGGAGGUGCGAGGAGAACCGCGGUGACAGAAAUCAAUCAAUUACAGAUUUCUUCAAACCAGUCCCAAAGCAAGAUAAACUUGAGUUGAACUCAUCACAAAGCACAAAUUAUAAAUGUGAAAAAGAUAGAUUAUUACACACCGAUAUAAGGCAAUUUGAAAGAAAAAUAUCUUCAACAAAAAAUCUGUGUAUAAAGAUGCCAUCUACACCACCAAACAAGAAUCCUAUUGCAGAAACUUUCAUGAAAGGAUUGAAAGAGAAAAAAGGCAAAAGAGAUGUACCUGAAGGAAAUGGUCCUUUUCUGGUGCAGAAAACCCUGUCUUUAGUAGUUGAAAAACCCAUUAUUUCUACUUCACAUCAUUGCUUGUCGAGGAAUAAAAGGAAGGACCCAAGGAAGCAAGAAAGCUCUCCAAUCAAAAUGUCAUCAUGUCAUCGUGGAAAUAGGAGGGAGAAGGCAAAUAAGUGCACAGAUCAAAACAAGACAAUUACAGAUGCCAAACACUUGGUCUCAUCACCAGAACCUGAGAUUUUGGAAAGCAAUUCCAGCAAAAUUGGUGGUAGAAAUGACAUACCCAGGUGCCAACAAUCAGAAUGUUCUGUGGAAGUGCAACAGGAAACAGAAAAUGAAGACUGUUUAAGAAAAAGAUUACAUUCUAAUUCACUGGACACUUCAGGUGCUGAUUCUUCUGGGAUAUCAAAUGCCAAAACAUGCAUUAUUUCAUUUUCUAAAAAAGAGAGAGUGGUCACCUUACCUAAAGCACCUGUGUCACCCAGGAUCAAGAAACGAAGGAAGAGGAAUUUCAAAGAUGUUACUAAUACAUCUUCAGUGAAAACACCUAGUAAAUCUUGGCCUUUUCAAACCAGUAGUAUUACUAAGGGUUCUUCAGCUGUACUUGGAGGAGAUGUUUUGUGCAGCCCAAACAUUCCAAGGCUUUCACAUGAAAAUUUAGAAAAUUCCAGUUUCACUAGUAGCUUUCUAGGAAAAAAACAAGAUGUUGAUUUUGAUAGUGAUGAGGAAAGUUUAGAUUGCAAACUGGAAAGUGACGAGGAGGAAGAUGAUGUAUUAAAGCCACUUCAACAAUUGAUGUCUUUGAAUUCUAGUCAACCUGCAUCUCCAGAAGAACCUUUUGUUCUUUCAGAAAAGCCUAGAGCAUUAUCAUCAGACAAUUCAAUAAGCAUUCGUUACCAGUGUUUUGAGAACCCCUUAGAGCACAUAAUAAAGGAGAACGAAAAUCCUCCAAGGUCAGAUGAAUGGGAAAAAGAGCUAAAGGACGAUAUAGUGAAAGGUCAGGGAAUAAAAACCCUAAUUGAGAUAGAAGAGUCAGAAAAUACAGAUGACAGUGGAGAACUCCAAGAAGAGCAUAGGGAGUUUAUAAGGAAAUUCUUCAUUGCUCUUGAUACUAUUCCUGAUUGUCAUCCUGGUGAAGAAAUAUUUCACUUUUUUGAUUUUGGAAAAAUUUUCACUCAAUAUACACUGGACUUAAGGGACUAUAAUUUUGUUCCAAAGAAUGCUAUUGAAGAUCUUAUCCUUAAAUCAGGAAAAGCACAGCAAAUUUUUUUAACAACACAAGGAUAUCUCAGCACUGCCUAUCACUACAUCCAGUGUCCUAUACCUGUGUUAAAGUGGCUGUUUCAGAUGAUGUCUGUUCACACAGAUUGUAUCGUUUCUAUACAACUUUUGAAUACAUUAAUAAACAUAACAAUUAGAAACGAUACCACCAGUGGCUCAUCAAGUUGGCCUUGGAUUCCAUCACUAUCUGAUAUAGCAACUGUGUUUGUCAACAUGGGAGUUAGUUUUAAGUGUUUAUUUCCUGUGCAAAAUCUUCAGCCUGUCUUUAAUGAAGAUAUUUUUAAUUUUAAGGUACAACACAUAUCUGAAGAAAGAAAAAGUGAAGAUUCUGUAGCAGAAACUGUUGUUUCAUGUCUUCCAGAAACUAACAUUUUAAAUGUAGUUAAGUUUAUAGGCUUGUGUACAGCUGUAUACCCAGAAGGUUACACAGAUCAAGAAAUAAUCUUGCUGCUUUUAAUGUUCUUGAAAAUGAGUUUGGAAAAGCACCUGAAACAAAUUGCACUAGUGGAUUUUCAGAGUCUCCUCAUAAACCUGUUGAAAAACAUUAGAGAUUGGGACACAAAGAUGCCUGAACUCUGUAUGGCUAUAAGUGAGCUGUCCACUCAUCAUCACAAUCUUCUGUGGUUGGUACAGUUUGUCCCUAACUGGACAGUACGUGGAAGGCAGGUGAGACAGCAUCUCAGCCUAGUGAUUAUUGCUAAAUUUCUGGACAAGAAACCUGAAGAUAUUCCAAGUACCAGUGAUUUGCAGAUGUCUCUCCUUUGUCAGUACCUAAUGCAAAUGAAGCCUUCUGAUAUGUUAAGGAAAAUGAUAGCAAAGAAAAGAGGUGAAGAAGAGGGUAACAUUACCAAAAACUGCUUAAAUAUAGAUCUUGAGCAACAGGUAUAUUACUUGACUUAUGUGCUUCUGCACUUAGUCAAUGAAGUCAGUGCCUAUUCUUUCCCUUUUCAACGAAGGAAAUAUUUGCUACAACUCUGUGGUUCUCUGGAGAAGCAUAUAAAGUGUUAUAUCAAAGAAGAUGCAAGGUUUUUUCAUAGGACAAAGGUAGUAGAUUUAGUUGCCAUCAUACAUGGAAAAUGGCAAGACAUGAUCCAUAAUUCUCAGCCUAUUCAGGGAAAACUGCAUGACUUCUGGGUACCAGAUUCAUAAUUGAAAUAGCUAAAAUGUUGACCCAAGAGAAAUUGAACAGGACAAGAACCUUUCCUGAAAAUGUGGAAAAUGUAGAUUAUAGACUUAUAGAAACAUUUGCAUGGGGAGACAGACAAGUAAUGUGCCAUUUGUAUCUGGACUCUACAAGAGAAUGUAAAUUAUGAGCCUUAAAUGGGGAUUGUCUGAUCCCUUUACAGGAGAUACUAAAACUAGGACUUGGUUCCCACAAAUCUGAUAUUAUAGUGUGUUAUGUAUGAAUGUACUUUAAAAAUUUUUUUCAUCAAA